GCAGGUGGUUAUUUUUAACCGUGCCGAGAGGCUCUCAAUCGAAAACUCUCCGGCUUCUUUAGUCAUGUUUCACUGAGCUGUGAGGAGGCGGCAGACGGUUACCGCGUUACUUUCUCCGCAUGUUUCUCCCGAGUAUAUUCAGUUUUUGGCACCAAAACUACAGGCGUCCUUUCUGUUCUGGAAACCAGUUUGUCAUGUCUUUUAAUGAAUGGAAGAACUGAGGCUGUCUGAUGACUGACUGACAGAUGCCUUCACCAUGAAGCUGAGUUGCAGCGCGCUGGUCGUCGCCCUCCUGCUGUCCCAGGCCAGAAGCUUCCUGAGCCCCUCAGAGGAUGACAGCUUCCCUGAAGAAUGGGUGCUGCUCCAUGUGGUUCAGGGCCACAUUGGGGCCGGAAACUACAGCUACCUACGCCUCAACCACGACGGCAGAAUCAUCCUCCACAUGCAAAGCCUCAAGGGAGACGCAGACCUGUACGUGUCAGAUAAAACCCUGCACCCGAGCUUCGACACCUACAAGCUGCAAUCAGCCACCUGCGGACAAGAUGUGGUGGUGGUCCCCGGGGACUUCACAAGGCCUGUGGGCAUCGGCAUUUAUGGCCACCCGUCUCACCAGGAGAGUGAGUUUGAAAUGCGAGUGUUCUACGAUCAGACUGUGUCCCAAGACCCAUUUGAUAAGGGCUCUUACAACUCAGAAGGUGUACAUAAGGAAAAGAAAUCUGCUCAUGCUACAGAGGACGACUUCCAGGAGGAAGAGUCCAUCUUUUGGACUAUUCUGAUCGGACUUCUGAAGAUUAUACUUGAGAUUUUGUUUUGAAAAUCACUGUUCAUUGCUGUGACAGCAGGAGGAUAUUCUGCCAUGGUACAUUAGAUUCCUUUCAUUUUGUGAGGGUGAAAAAAAUGUUGCACCAAACCCCAGGGAGAGUUCUGACAUUUAAACAAUCAAACCUACAGACUUGGUAAACAGCAAAGUCAGAUUUACAGCACGGAAUUCACCAGCGAAGCCUGACCAGUCAGAAAAUGUUUCACAAAGUGUAUUUGGUUUUAGCUACACUAAAAGAACACAAGGGGACUUGUUCUGGAGUCUUGAAAGGUAUAUAUGGAAUAAGAAGUUUCUUAUAAGUCAGUCGCUAGAACCAUUCUUCCUUUUCCAUUGCCCAAAGUCAUAAAAUUAUUAAAAAUAUCAAAGAGAGAAACUGCAGUGAAGACACAAAUAGGUUCUAAAUUUGAGCUGCUUUGAGGCUUCAGCACUUUGGGAUACGCCCAUGCUAUGCUUCAAAGAGAAAGUGUUAACUCUUAUACUGUCACACUUGGGAGAGACAUUGAAAUGCUUCCUUUAUUUCAUGCCUCCACACGUCUGGUCGGUCUGAUCUUGUAAAAUGUUCUUAGAAUUUCUGUUUUUAGGAAGUUACAAAGCAUUGUUUAUCACAGCAAUCAGAAGCAGGGUUCCCGACACAGUGUUAUUCCCACCGUGUAGGAAAAUGAUGGUGUGUGUGCAGGAUUCUUAGGGGGAGUUUGUGAACUAAAUUAACUCGAUGGUUAAUAGCAGUUGGCAGGAUCUUUACUUUAGCUGCUACUUUGAAGCUGUAUGAUCUCUUCUUUUAAACUUAAUUUUACCCAAAGCAAAGUUUUCUGUUUGAUUAUAAUUAGUUUUUUUCCCCCACAUUCGCACAUGCAGCAGACUUUGGAAAAUGAGAGAACCUCUGUGUGUUUUUGGUUUUUUUCCUCGGUGCACAGAGGAUCUUUGUCCAAAACUGCCAAACUGCCCAACACCAUAAUCAACAGUAUCACAAAGUUUUGAGGCCUAAUUUUCACUUAAUGCCACUGUUAAGUUAAAUGCGUAUGUGCUGCUCUGGUGUGGUUACAUUGUCCGACUUGACCAGCUGUCACUAAUUCUUAUACCAUGAUCUAUAUGUCUAGUUUUUGUGCACAGAUUCAAACCGUAGGUCAAAAACUGGCUGGGCUUCACCUCGCUGACGAGUGAUCUUUCAGCUAAGCAGCUUCUCCUAAAAUCCACCACACUUGACUUCCAAGCUAAUAAUACUUAUUUGAUUAGUGUUAAACCAAACCCCUUAAUUUGAAGUCUACUGAGGUCACACUGUGCACAGGGUUGUUGUUUCCUUAUUGCUCAAAGGUGGAGGGAUCACGUUAAACGCAUCCAAAGUCAUCGGUUAGCCUCGUAGUAGCUUCAGCUUAACAUUUCUCUCUACAAGACGACUACAAUUUGUGCACAUUCAAAGUGUAGUCAAAGCUGGUGUAGAGCUGCAGGAGUGACACUUUCUGUAUCAAGAUUGAAAUGAUCGACUAGCCCCCCCCUCAGCCUGUGAAUGAAUGAACACCACCUGUCUGUCUUAACACAGCUCAGCACCAUGUGAGUUCUGUGGUCAAAUAUACUGAGCUAUACAGUCAAUUUGAGAACAGAACAGAUUUUCCUUAAAGCAGAUCAUUCAACGUUUUUUUUGCUGUUUAAGGAUGUUUCAUUGAUUUGGACUCACACAGGGAACAUGUGUUUGUGAUGAGAUUUCUACCAAUCUGUUAACAUGAGUAGCAGCAUUGUAUUUAGUUUGAUCGCUCACUUUUGUUGUUUUUGCCUGUUGGACAAACUCCUCAUUUAAACAUCACCUCCAGCGCUGGAGUUCAGUUCUGAGUAGAACUUUGUUACCCUCUGAGCAGAAAUGUUCAACAGUGCCUUCAGAUCGAUCCUCUGAACAUCUGUGGAGCUUUCUUGUUCCCAGAGGCGAUCUAGUCAGGUUUCACAAUAAAAUUAGAAAUUGUUUUAAAAA